CUUUAGCUUUCCUUUCUCUUUUUAUUUUAGGAACCAUCGUACUAAGUUUAGGUUCAGUUUAGCAGCUUGUAACUCAGCAGCCAUGUUUGCAGCCCUCUUCAUUUUGGGGAUUCUUAGUCUGGCACAUACUGUUCUUACUCUUCCAGUCUGCCCCAGGCCACCUGCAAUACCAUUUGCUUCCAUCACUGCAGCCAAGGCAGAAUACAAUCUUGGAGAAGAAAUUACAUACAACUGUCAGCCUGGAUAUGUUUAUCAAUCAGGCUCAAGGAAAUAUAUCUGCCCUUUAACUGGCAGAUGGCCAUCUAUGUCCCUGAGAUGCAUACCAAGGAAAUGUCCCUACCCUGGACCCUUGAAGAAUGGAAAUAUACAUUUCACAGACCUCAGCUAUCAGAAUUUUGUAGAUUAUUCAUGUGAUUCAGGGUAUAUUUUACAAGGACAGAAAAACAGCCAAUGCCUGGCAGAUGGGCAAUGGAGUGCAAAGCUUCCUGAAUGUCAACCUGUGAUUUGUCCUCCGCCACCAGUUUCUGAGUUUUCAGUCCUUUCUUUCCAAAGACUUAAGCCAGGAAACAUAUCAGCCUUCCAAGAUGAAAUCAAAUUUGAAUGUUUAUUGCCUUAUGCACUACUUGGAAAUGAAACAGCUGUCUGUCAGGCCGAUGGCAACUGGAGUGCACUUCCAGAAUGCAGAGCUGUGGAGUGUCCACGGCCAGAAGACAUUGAAAAUGGAUAUAUAAAUUUGCUUCUUCGUAGACCAUAUCAUUACAGAGAAACUGUGACCUAUGGUUGUAAUCCAACAUAUGUGCUGGAUGGACCUGUAGAAUCCAGAUGUGAGAAGACAGGCCAGUGGUCAACAAAACCAACUUGCAAAGCUCCAUGUACAAUUCCUGUCAAAAGAGCAACUGUGCUUUACAACAAUCAGAAAGUCAAGGUGCAAGACCAUCUCACGAGCGGAAUACAACAUGCUGAGAUCAUUGAGUUUUUCUGUAAAAAUAAAGAGCAGGGCUGUAGUUUUACAUCCCCUGCUCAGUGCGUAGAUGGCAAUUUUACAGUUCCUGCCUGUUUCAAAGAACGUGGGAUGUUUGCAACCUUCUUCAAAACAGACAUAGCAGACCUGCAGCCAUGUGAGAACGUUGACUGAACAGACUAUCUUCAGAUGUUGCUAAAGGAAGAAAUACUGUAUAUGACUGGAGCAUCCAAGUUUCUCCUCGAUUGAAGCUAACAACAGUGCAAGAACAUUAUAGUCAUCCUAUCCUAAACAAGUUUUUAGAAGUAACAAUGCCAUAUUUGCAUAAAAGCAACAUAAUAUUUUGAUAGCUUUUCUUCAUGUUACAUUUUAGUAUCCAUGUGCUUAGUUUUCCUAGAGUAUGUAAGGGGUUAAUAUAUAGUCAAAAAUAUAGAAAGAUAGCUGUGUUAGCAAUAGGGCAUUUGAUAUGUUCACAGCAUUACUUUUUCAUACUUGUUUAUGCAAAUUACAUAUUUUAAGUAACCUCACCAUAUUCUACUAUUGUGUAGUCAAUUAUUUUCCUGCAAUACUUACAGCCAUCGGACUUAACAUCAGCAGUAGCAGAGACUUUGAAGGAGAAUCAGAAGAGUGGAGGACUUGCUGCAGAGUUUCUAUGCAAUUAGGCAAAGAAAAGACAAUAGCUAUUUUGUUGGAAAGUAUAUCAAAUAAAGUACACUGUUUUUUAUUUUA